AUGGACAGAUCGAACCACAGAAAGAGGGGCUCGAUGGGAAACAUCAGUGCUACAGAUUCAGGUACAGGUGGGGCCGCCAGUAAUGGUCGCAAUUCACCAGCUAUACCACCAACUGCUUCAUAUCUUCCCAACGCACCUGUUAACAGGCCCUCUGCAUCGUCAUCAUCGCUCAACACCAGUAUGUCCAAUAUGUCAUCGUAUGCCGCACCACCAUCAAAUAUCCCAAUAGCUACAGGUUCAUCACGGCUACCUCAACAACAACAACAACAACCACUUCAGAAACUGCCAUAUUUACAACACCGAUCCAACUUUCAGCCAUUCGAUCCAUCUCUUCAAUUGACACCAACGGGAAGGAGUCCCAUACAAGGAUCAAUGUCCCCUUCGACCACAGCCAUUCCUUUUAACCCUUCUACUGCAUUACCAACAUCCUUUAUUCCGGGAAGUGCUGCUGUGGGCGCACUACCUAAUUCGAAGGCAUACGUCACAAGAAACAUGGCAUCGGCCACUCCAGGCGUUGGUGUUUCCCCACUUGAACGCAGUUCCUACCAUUUCAGUGAAAACCCCCUUUUUGCAUGCGAUUGGGCGACAGUAAACAACAAUUCUUUGGAUUGUAUAGCAUUGGGGUCAUAUAAGGAGGGGUUUAUUAACAAGUUGGAGAUUGUUUAUGGUAAAGGGUUUGAGUAUGAGUAUGCGCCACCCGUAGUUGAUGUCUAUGGCAACCAAUUCCAGGGAUAUCGCGACGACAUUGAUGGAAGCGAUGAUGGCGGGUUUAUACUUGAAAAAGUUGCUGACACCAGUUUAAACUACCCCGUUACCCAUGUCAAAUGGGAUCCCACAUUGUUGCAAGGUGGUGGUGGCAACAUCCAUCCUUUUCAACGACUAGCUGCUUCAAGUGAUGUGUUGAGAUUGUACAAAGUUACCGACUCGGGCGAUGCUGGAUAUAAUUUGGUCCAAACUCAUGUAUUGGCAAAUAAUGCGACUAGUACUGGUAGUAGUGCAGUAGCUGCCGAUGGGAAGGACAAGAUCAAUACGUCACCGCCUGUUACAUCAUUUGAUUGGAACUCUACUGAUACUAAUAUACUAAUCACCUCCAGUGUUGAUACAACAUGCACAGUAUGGGAUCUUAAUCGAUCCCACCCUCAUGAUGAUUUCGCCGAGUCUGCCACUAUUAAGACCCAAUUGAUUGCCCAUGAUUCAGAAGUAUUUGAUGUGAAGUUCAUCCACAAGUCUACAAAUGUAUUCGCGUCGGUAGGAAAUGAUGGAUCAAUGCGAGUAUUUGAUCUACGAUCUUUGGAACAUUCAACCAUCAUUUACGAACCUCCGCCGUCUCCAACUCCUCCAACAAGGAGACAUGCAUCAUUAGGUUCCGCUUCAGCACCAUCUUCAGGACAACUUCCUACUCCUGCGCAUUCAGCAAACUACAAUGCAAAAGCAUUACUUCGUCUUUCUACUUCAAACAUUGAUCAACAUCAUCUCGCCACAUUUGGAGUUAAUUCUAGUCAAAUUAUAAUCAUCGAUAUGCGCAUGCCGGGACUCCCCAUGGCAACCAUUGAUGCAUCUUCAUCAUCACCUAUUUCCUCAUCAGUCAAUCUGAUUCAGUGGCAUCCUACAUCCAACUAUUUACUCAGUGGUGGUGAUGAUUGUCAAGCAUUGGUGUGGGAUUUGAACAAUUUAGGGGCAACUGGAUCAAACUAUAGUUCAAGCACCAGCUUAGCUAAUGGGACAGGAGGAGGUGGCACCAAUGGGCAUACAAAUGAAUCGGGAAGUUCAGCUGCUAGUGUUAAGAAUAGUGGUGGUAAUGGAAGUAUCAUUGAUGUGCCUGUUUUGGCCUAUGAUGAAGAUUUGGAAGUGAAUAGUGUUUGUUGGAGGCAAAACUCGGGCGAUUAUAUGGGUGUUGUUAGUGGUAAGGGAUUCCAAGCAGUACUGAUUUAG